AUGAAGGGUCUUCAAAAUGGUAUCCCCAUCGCCAUGCUGGCUGCGAUGGCCAGUGCCCAGGGAUUGGGUGGAGGGCCUCGUGUUGAUACAGGCAAAGAUGUUGGUUUCGGCUUCAGUAACAAAUUCACCAAUAAGGUGAACAACUUCAACAAGGACGACCACUCUGUCGAUGUGCACUCCCAGACGAAUGUGCUCAAGGCCCCUCCGCACCCUCCUCAUGGUGGUGAGCAUGGGCAGGCACACGGUGGCCAGGAUGGUCAUGAGGAGGGUGCGCGCCACCAACCUCGCGCAGGACCCGCCAGUUCCGAUGGUGUGGACGUUGGAAGUGCUAGCGAAUUGAACUACGCGAGCGAAGCCACACAUAAAGUGCACACGGCCAAUGUUGAUGAUCACCAUGUCGACAUCAACGAAAAGCACACCAUUACUGUUCUGCCCCCGCCUCCGAAGCAUCACCCCCAUGGAGGUGAGCACGAGGGACAUGGGAAAGAGCACCAGGGCGGUCACGAACAGGGCGAGGAAGCUCGCCCACACGAAAAGCGCUGGAACCCUUUGGACGAGGAGGGUGCUGUCGACACUGGUAACUCGGCCAGCUACGACUUUGAGAAUGAGUUCUACUCUAAAACAAACAACGCCAACCUCGAUAACCACUCCCUCAAGGUUGAUGAUAACACCAAUAUCGUGACACCCCCACCCCAUCCUAAUGGACAUGGCGGACACGGACCCGAGCAUGACGGUGGUCACGGAUCCGAGCAUGAACGCCGUGACGAGCAUGAGCCACACCGAGGGCCUAAGUAUAUUGAUACCGGUAACGAUAUAGACUUCACUUUCGAGAACGACUUUGAAAGCGAAGUGAACAACUACAAUGAGGACAACCACGGAGUUGACAUCAAAAAGAACACUAACAUUCAAGCCGCACCCCCUCAUGGCGGCCCUCCCCAUGGCCGAGAGCGUCGUCAGGAACGCGGAGACGUUGACAUUGGUAACGCAGCGGGCUUCAGCGCCAAGAAUGAGUUCUCUUCUAAGGUGAACUCCUUCAAUGCGGAUGACCAUUCCGUGCAUGUGGAUAAGUACACUCACGUCAAAGUUCUGCCGCCCCCUCACCCCCCCCACCGUGGGCCUCAUGGCGACGAGGGUCAAGAGGGCCACCACAAGCGUGCGUAUCGACCGGAUGCCGAUGGCGCUGCUGGACCUGGCCGCGUAGACACUGGGAACACAGCCAACAUUCAAGCAUCGAACUCUGUCAACACGGAGACCAAUUCCGCGAAUGUCGAUGAUCACUCUACUACGGUGCACUCUAAUGUCGACGAGACCGUUGGUGCACCCCCACAACCUGAGCAUCAUGAAGAUGGCCAUGAGGAUAACGGUGAACACCACAAGGAGGAACCUACGAAGCCUGCUGAGCAUCAUGACGAUGGUCAUGAGGAGACCGGUGAACAUCACCAAAAGGAACCUUCGAAGCCUGCUGAGCAUCAUGAAGAUGGCCAUGAGGAGACCGGUGGACAUCACCAGGAGGAACCUACGAAGCCCGCUGAGCAUCAUGAGCAGGAGCCCGCGCAGCCGGUUGAACAUCAUGAGGAUCAGCCUGCGGAACCCAGCCCUACCUGUUCUACCUUGACUCGCGAAGUCGUGCACACCGUCGUCCGCACUGUGCAUGCUCACUCUGAGCCCACACAUGCUCCCCAGCAGCAGGAGCAGGUGAACACUCCCGCUCCUCAACCUGAACAACCCAAAGACCAUGAAGAAUCCGGACAUGACAACCAGAGCCACGAAAUAGAGAGCCCCAAGCCCACCGGCGCUGAUAGCUCCCCCCAUGAAGAUCCCUCUCGUGAGGAUUCUCAUGGGCCCUCUUCUACUCCUGUCCAUGGACAGCCUGAGCCCACCGGUGUCGAUGGCAUCCACAAUCAAGAAGAAUCCUCGUCUCAUGAGGACUCUCACGGGCCCUCUUCUACUCCUGUCCAUGGACAGCCUAAGCCCACUGGUGUUGAUAGCACCCACAAUCAAGAAGAAUCCUCGUCUCAUGAGGACUCUCACGGGCCCUCUUCUACUCCUGUCCAUGGACAGCCUAAGCCCACCGGUGUUGAUGGCACCCACAAUCAAGAAGAAUCCUCGUCUCAUAAGGACUCUCACGGGCCCUCUUCUACUCCUGUCCAUGGACAGUAUAAGGCCACCGGUGUCGAUGGCACCCACAACCAAGAAGAACCCUCGUCUCAUGAGGACUCUCACGGGCCCUCUUCUACUCCUGUCCAUGGACAGCCUAAGCCCACCGGUGUUGAUGGCACCCACAAUCAAGAAGAAUCCUCGUCUCAUAAGGACUCUCACGGGCCCUCUUCUACUCCUGUCCAUGGACAGUAUAAGGCCACCGGUGUCGAUGGCACCCACAACCAAGAAGAACCCUCGUCUCAUGGGGACUCUUAUGGGCCCUCUUCUACUCCUGUCCAUGGACAGCCUCAGCACGCCGGUGACGAUGGCUCCCACUUUGACGUGCCCUCCUCCACAACGCUGGCUCACAUUGCCAUGACCCCAGCGCCCACCCAUGCUCCCUCGCACCAGCACGCAGUGCUGACUUCUACACAAACCAUCUCUCGCUCAUCCCUCCAUAUGGUCCCGAUUUACGUGCCACAAGCCUCGAGCAAUGGUGCCCAUGCAUCUGAGACUCCCGCCGCCACCCCAUCUGCGCACGUUCCGGUGGGUGUCGACGCCGAGUACAGCUCUCACGUCGCAAGUGGCCCAGCUACACCCUCCCCCUCUUCUCACAAUGUGAUGUUCACGGGUGCUGCUGCGAGCCUGUCACCUAGUGCUGGUGUCAUUUCUCUCGCUUGCGGUGUGAUCGGUCUUUUGGCCUUUGUCUUGUAG